CGCGCGGGUAACGCGUGGAUCGUAACCUACCGUCUUCGUCCGUCUUCGUCCGUCUUCGUCCGCGUUCGUCCGCGUUCGUCCAGUCAACAAACGGAAUAUCGAUUCUGAACGUGAACUUUUGUUACCGAUAAAUAUGAAAGAACCGGAAACAAAGGACAAGUCGAAAUUGGUGGCGGCUUUCCUUCAAAGGAGAGGCUUAGUGAAGCAGCAUAUUGAUUCGUAUAAUUAUUUUAUUAACAAAGAAAUAAAAAAAAUCGUGAAAGCGAACGAAAAAAUUGUGAGCGAUGAAGAUCCGCACUUUUAUGUCAAAUACUUGAAUAUAAAAGUCGGCACGCCUGAUAUCGAGGAUAGUUUGAACGCGAUACGAUCAAGUACACCACACGAAUGCCGUCUAAGAGAUUUAAACUAUUCCGCUCCCAUCACGGUAGAUAUCGAAUACAUAAGGAGUAAUCAGAGAAUAAUAAGAAAAAAUUUAUUAAUUGGAAGGAUGCCAAUAAUGCUGCGCAGCUCAAACUGCGUAUUAACUAACAAAUCUCACGUCGAAUUGGCCAAGUUAAACGAAUGUCCGUACGAUUGUGGCGGUUACUUCAUCAUAAACGGCCAAGAGAAAGUAAUUCUGAUACAGGAACAAAUGAUCAGAAAUCGAAUAAUUUUGGAGGAAGAUAGCAAUAAAAAUAUAGUCGCAUUUUGUAACAGCUUUACUCACGACAAAAAGACUAAGACAAACGUCGUAGGUAAAGGGGGGAAAUAUUAUCUGCGUCAUAACAUGUUCCAGGAUGAUAUACUUAUAACGAUAGUUUUCAAAGCUAUGGGAAUAGCGAGCGAUCUAGAAAUCAUGCAGAUGGUCGGUACCGAUGGGGAAUGUCUAAACAAAUUUGUGCGCAGCGUAGAGGAAUGUCAAAUGCUGGGUAUUUUGACGCAGAAUCAGGCACUGAAACACUUGAACAGUAAACGGAAACAAACGAGAUUUCACGCUACAAAAUCAGUGAUUGACGAUACGCAAGACAUAUUAGCGACUAAUGUAUUGUCUCACGUACCAGUUGUCGAUUUCAACUUUACGAUAAAGGCGUUGUAUCUCGCGUUAAUGAUCAAGAGAGUGAUAAACGCGCAAUCUGAUCGGACUCUGAUCGAUGACAAGGAUUAUUACGGUAACAAACGCUUGGAGCUUGCUGGCUCUCUUCUCGCUCUCAUGUUCGAAGACUUAUUCAAGAGGUUCAAUUGGGAGCUAAAGCAGAUCGCGGAUAAAAAUAUUCCGAAAAUCAAAGCGGGCCCGUUCGACAUAGUCAGGCACAUGAGGCACAAUUUAAUAACCAACGGAUUGGCUUUUGCCAUAUCAUCUGGCAAUUGGACGAUCAAGCGAUUCAAGAUGGAGAGGCACGGGGUAACGCAGGUCCUGUCGCGACUCUCGUACAUCUCCGCACUCGGCAUGAUGACGCGGGUGCAUUCUCAGUUUGAAAAAACGAGAAAAGUUUCGGGCCCGCGAUCGUUACACGGUUCGCAAUGGGGAAUGUUGUGUCCGAACGAUACGCCCGAAGGAGAGGCUUGUGGCUUGGUGAAGAACCUAGCCCUGAUGGCACACAUUACGACGGAAGUGCCGGAAGAACCGAUAGUACGAUUGUUGCUAAAUCUCGGCGCGGAAGAUGUCAACGCUCUUGCCGGGGAGGAACUAUCGGAUAAAAAGGCGCACAUAGUAUUCGUGAACGGCACCCUCGUAGGAAUUAUUCAGGAUCACGAACGGUUGAUGCAUCACUUUAAAUUGUUACGCCGAAAGGGAUACAUCAACCGUUUCGUGUCGAUAUGUUUGCAACAACGACAGAAGUGCAUUCAAAUCAGUUCGGACGGUGGGCGAUUAUGCAGGCCGUGUAUCAUCGUAAAGAACGGAGAAUCUCUCGUUAAACCGUAUCACAUAAAGAAUCUUAAGGAUAACGUCAUGACCUUUGAGGAUUUUGUUCACGACGGACUGAUCGAGUAUUUGGACGUAAACGAAGAGAACAAUAGUCUAAUCGCGUGCGAGGAAUCGGAUGUUAUUCCCGAUACGACGCAUCUAGAGGUCGAAACGUUUGCGAUAUUAGGAAUAUGCGCCGGUGUAAUACCAUAUCCGCAUCACAAUCAGAGUCCAAGAAACACGUAUCAGUGCGCGAUGGGUAAACAAGCUAUCGGAGUAAUAGGAUACAACCAACAGAAUCGCAUCGAUACGCUCAUGUACAACAUGGUAUAUCCUCAAACGCCGAUAGUAAGAACGCGACCGAUCCAGUUGGUGAAUUAUGACAAGUUGCCGGCCGGAGAGAACGCGAUCGUCGCCGUAAUGUCCUUUACCGGACACGACAUCGAAGACGCAUUAGUCUUGAACAAAGCGUCCGUUGACAGGGGAUUCGGCAGAUGUCUCGUCUACCGUAGUACGAAAUGUACUCUGAAAAAAUACGCUAAUCAGACAUUCGAUAAGAUCAACGGACCUAUACUAGAAGUCGGUACUAAAAAGCCCAUAUGGAAACACGAUAUCCUCGAUAGCGACGGUAUUGCAACUCCUGGUGAAAUGUUGGAGAAUAAGAAGGUAAUGAUAAAUAAAAUGGUGCCAGCGCCUUGCGAAACUGCCGGCCCGUUAACUUCCGUCAGUUCGGAACAAAUUGGACAUCGUAGCGCCGAGAUCCAAUACAAGGGCUUGGAUCCGGCGUACGUCGAUAAAGUCAUGAUUUCCACCAACGCAGAAAACGAGUUUUUAGCAAAACUCGUAACUAGACAAACACGAAGACCCGAGGUGGGUGACAAGUUUAGCAGUCGUCAUGGACAGAAGGGUGUUGUAGGUAUAAUCGUGGAGCAAGAAGAUAUGCCGUUCAACGAUAAUGGUAUAUGUCCUGACAUAAUUAUGAAUCCACAUGGUUUUCCUUCCAGGAUGACGGUUGGAAAAUUAAUAGAGUUACUUGCUGGCAAAGCAGGUGUCGUGACUGGAAAAUUUCAGGAUGCUACGGGUAUAUUUUAUACGAGGACUCAUUCACAGAUCUUGAAUCUUCCUUUAAUCGUUCCACCAUUUUUACCUACAGCAUUUGGCGGCGCUAAAUUGGAAGACCUCUGCGAAGAAUUAGAGAGUCAUGGUUACAGUCGUUUAGGUAAAGAUUUCUUUUACAACGGUGCGAAUGGAGAACCGUUGGAAGGAUACAUCUACUCUGGACCAGUUUAUUACCAAAGGUUAAAACACAUGGUGCAAGACAAACUGCACGCUCGUGCUAGAGGUCCUAGGGUAGUUCUAACUCGUCAGCCAACGGAAGGACGUUCCAAGGAAGGUGGUUUACGUCUGGGUGAAAUGGAACGCGAUUGCUUGAUCGGCUACGGGGCCAGCAUGUUGUUAGUAGAGAGGCUCAUGAUAUCAAGCGACGCUUGCAAGGUUGAUAUUUGCAACAAGUGCGGUUUGAUAGGAUAUAACGGUUGGUGCCAGAGAUGCAGGUCCAGUUCCGCUGUCUCUACCGUUACGAUGCCUUACGCCUGUAAAUUACUUUUCCAAGAGCUACAAGCGAUGAACAUAGUACCUCGUUUAACGUUAAAGGACUAUUGCAGUUGAGUUCUUUUAACCUCUUUCCUUCCGAGUAUAUUUGAAUAGUCUUCAUUUGACAUUGAAUAAAUCACAACUUUUUGAAA